AAUUGUACCGAUAUUCCAAUCCGGACCAUAGUUCCUAUCUUCCCACAACCCUCGAGGUUACAUGAUGGUGCACAAGCUUACGAUACUACUUAAAGCCACUCCAGCAGUAUAAAAGUCUCUUCCAUUUUGCUCCCUGAGACUUCCACUUCCUCAGCGCUUCCUUUAUUAUUGUUACAAAACAUGGCAUACUCCCCAUACGACGCCUAUGACUCCUACGACGACUACGACUCCUACAGCCGUCCUCGCAAGCAGUCGUUUGGAUACAGAGCGACCACUCCUGUCGGUGGCUACCCAUACGAUCCACGGUUGGGAGCAACGUACAGUGAACCAAUGAUGCGCGGAGAGCGCUACUCUUCGUCAGCCUACCCGAUGUACCCGUCCAGCCGCAGCAUGUACCGGACACCCAAUCACAGCGCGAAUUAUCUUCCGUAUGAUGAUAUGGACUACCGUGCUGGAACUCCCGGCCUUUAUCCCCCUGUCGUGCAACCCUUAGCAAUGGGUAGACCGCGCCGGGCAUCAUCAGUAUCUUACUCACCAAGGCCGCCAGCAUUCGGAGACCCCUUCCGCAGAAAUAGCCCCCCUCAGGUUAGAUUCAAGCGUAAGGGUGCCUUCCGGAGCGGAAUCACCCUUGGUGAAGCACAAGCCAAUGUUCGAUUGGCUGGACACGACUCAUACACCUUCAAUGACCUCGGUGUUGAUCACCGAGGCAAGAUCUAUGUGAAGAUGUCGUGGCCUGGAUAUUCACCACUUAAUUACGAGAUACCUGUUGAUGGCUAUGGGGGUCUCAUCGACCUUCAAUCGUUGACACGCAGAAUCGGACGUGCGGUUUCACAUUAUCUUCAGGCCAACAUCAUCCCUAUACCAUGGGAUCGUAUCGAGCUAUCGCACAUGGAAGAAGUCAGCAUGGGUACAUGGCAUCUCAAGAUGACAACAAAUUGAACAAUAUCCUGUCCCGUGCGUAACCGCCUGCAGCGAGAAACUCUCAGCGUACUUUAUUAUAUAUCUGUCCUUGAUAAUCUAUUCAUACUGCAGCUACACUCGUGGAUGCCUGGUGUAUCAUCAUCUCUGCGCCUUUCGAGCCGUGCUCAGUUGUACACAGAUCAAACCAUGUGUGUAUCAUAUUACAUCACG